ACACUUGCAAUACGUCGUUGGUACACAUCAUUAAUAUUGCCAGGCUCAAGUACCGCUUGACUCUUGUCCCUGAGACCUUCCUUACACCUGCACCUUGUCAUACUAUUACGACGCAUUACAUGUUGUUGCAGACGACAUCAAUUAGUAACUGACCAUACUUAUUCUUGUAGAUCACGAUGAACGGUGACUACAAGGCCUCGAAGGAGGCUUUCGUCUCUGGAAUGACUGGCUCGACAGUUUUUCAUGUAAACAUGAUAAGCGGCGUUGCAUUGUCCUCGAUCGCCCUUCAUUCGGCUCUGCGUUCGCGUGUGCAAGCGUUCGGGUCCGCAUACUUUUUGGCAGAGUUUAUGAUACUUGUGAUACCUCUGUUGUUGUCUAUGACCUUAUUUGCGGAAGCUCCUGGCGCACUAUCUCUCCUACUACUCGUACCGAUGCUUGUAUUGCUCCUUCUCCCCCCUCUUGAAAUAGGCACGCCUUUGCCAGCUGAAAGUCGAGACGAGCUGGUGUCUCCAGGUGGAAGAAGUCGAGCAGAGACUCCGCCAAAGCCCUUGUCUCAGUCCCUCAGGCCCUUACCUGCUCUGACCACUUACCGUGCUCACAUGAUGUUAAUGACGAUCCUUUCCAUCAUUGCUGUCGAUUUUCCGGUGUUCCCCCGUUUCCUAGCAAAGUGUGAGACAUAUGGUGUUUCUUUGAUGGACAUCGGCGCGUUAGUGUCUGCGAUUCCAAUCAUCAAAGACAUAUCUUACCUCCAGGCCCCGAUCAUUCCUAAACUGAAGUUCGUCUCCCGUAAGACGAUACCCAUCAUUGUGUUAGGCGUUCUUCGUGUCGUGCUUGUGAAAGGCACUGAAUACCCUGAACAUGUGACAGAGUACGGGGUACACUGGAAUUUCUUCCUCACCCUUGCCCUUUUGCCUAUCAUCGAGGUCUUAAUACAUCCUGUUAUUUUGCAUAUCCCCGUCGCUCUGCUGGGUCUUUGGAUUGGAGUUUUGCAUCAAUUCGCACUGUCAUCCGGAGGAAUGAAGGAUUUUCUGCUCAACGCCCCACGGAGCAAUAUUAUUUUUGCGAACAAAGAAGGAUUGCUCUCCUUGCUAGGCUAUGUGUCAAUCCAUAUACUCGGCCUUUCCUUAGGAACCGUCGUACUUCCUCCUUCCCCUUCGUUUUUCCGGAAGCAGCAGCAGCUCUUACUCGACGGGCCAUCCUCUCACCGACCAAGCAAACUUGAUGCUUCAGCACCCAGACAGAACGCAAAGAUCGUCAUUGAGUUAUUGUCGUAUUCAGUGGUGUGGUGGAUGCUUUUGGCCUUCACGAGGCUAGGACUAGAUGUUUCGAGAAGGAUGGCAAACAUCUCAUAUAUCCUUUGGGUCGCAGCUUUCAACACGUCUUUCAUCCUUGGCUACAUUUUACUCGACAUGGUGUUUUUUCCCACCAGAACGUCGAAGAUACGAGAUCCAACUGAUCCUUCAGGCAAACGGCUCCUCAUCGAGGAAAAAGGACCGAAAGGUUGUGCACCUGCGCUGUUGGACGCUAUCAACAAGAAUGCAUUGAUCAUGUUCUUGCUGGCAAAUGCAGCCACUGGUUUGAUUAACCUCAAUAUCCAGACUAUGUUCGUGGGUAAUACGAAAGCGAUGGGAAUACUGUGUGCGUACUCUAUGGGCAUGUGUGUUUUUGCAUGGCUUUGUAGAAGGAAGCGGAUAUGGAAGAUAUGAGGUCCCAAAAUAUCUCAAAUACCCAUACACUUCCCAGUAUUCUUGCAGUUGAACCUACCAAGCUCCACCACAGUGGAUGGCACUAUCGCGAGACAUUGGCCGAGUUCUUCCGCUGUCUUAGUAUUCGGUCCAUAUCAACAACAGGCAUCAUUUGGGUAUCAUCACA